AUGGUAAAACAUAAAGAUUUUAAGAAAAGUGAUUUAAUACGUAUAUUAUCAUCUAAUAUAAGUAAAGAAAGAAAUAAAGCUGUUAAACUUUUAAAAAAGUUUGAGCCAUUACCAAAAAAACAUUUAGAUAAUAAAUUUGAUACAAAAAAUGUUAUUGUUCACAAAUAUAAUGUUUUAAAAGCAUUUAUGUGUUGGAGAUGUGAUAAAGUAAAACAGACAAACGUUAAAGUUCACUGGGAUACAUCAGAAGGAUUGAAAACUAUAUGUACAUCUUGUCAUACCAACUUACUAUCUAUGAAAGAAAUGGAAAAGGUUAGAAAAGAAAACAGUACUAAUAAUGAAGUCUUAAAAAAGUUAAAUAAAACGUAA